AUGACGGUCUUCUCUCAGUAUAGAAAUGAUUGGCCACUUGCACCUUCUCUUCCUUUACAAGAAGAUUUUGUUUAUCACUGGAAGGCAAUUACCCAUUACUACAUAGAGACUUCAGAUGAUAAAGCCCCAGUGACCGAUACAAAUAUUCCAUCGCAUCUGGAACAGAUGUUAGAUAUACUGGUUCAAGAAGAAAAUGAACGGGAAUCUGGAGAGACGGGGCCAUGUAUGGAAUAUUUGCUCCAUCACAAAAUCUUGGAAACAUUAUACACCUUGGGGAAAGCUGAUUGUCCUCCGGGAAUGAAACAGCAGGUUUUGAUUUUCUAUACAAAACUUCUGGGAAGAAUCCGGCAGCCACUACUUCCACACAUUAACGUGCACAGGCCGGUGCAGAAAUUAAUUAGACUCUGUGGUGAAGUCCUAGCAACACCAACAGAAAAUGAAGAGAUUCAGUUUCUUUGCAUUGUGUGUGCGAAGCUGAAACAGGACCCCUACCUGGUUAACUUUUUCCUAGAGAAUAAGAUGAAAUCAUUGGCUUCCAAAGGAGUACCAAGUGUAAUUUCGGAAGAUACAUUAAAAGGUCAGGAUUCCUUGUCAACAGAUACAGGACAGUCCCGUCAUCCAGAGGAAUUAUCUGGUGCUACUGGAAUGGAGCAAACAGAAUUGGAAGAUGAGCCUCCUCAUCAGAUGGAUCACCUGUCCACAAGCUUGGAUAACCUCAGUGUCACCUCACUGCCAGAGGCCUCAGUUGUUCGUCCAAACCAGGAUUACAAUUUAGUGAAUUCUUUGUUAAAUCUUACUAGAAGUCCUGAUGGCCGAAUAGCUGUGAAGGCAUGCGAAGGCUUGAUGCUGUUAGUAAGUUUGCCAGAGCCUGCGGCUGCAAAGUGCCUUACACAGAGCACUUGCUUGUGUGAACUACUGACAGACAGACUUGCCUCCCUGUACAAGGCCCUACCUCAGUCAGUGGAUCCAUUAGAUAUUGAAACCGUGGAAGCAAUUAACUGGGGCUUGGACUCAUAUAGUCAUAAAGAAGAUGCUUCAGCAUUUCCAGGAAAACGAGCCUUAAUUUCAUUUCUUUCCUGGUUUGAUUAUUGUGAUCAGCUCAUUAAAGAAGCCCAAAAGACUGCUGCUGUUGCUCUUGCCAAAGCUGUUCAUGAAAGAUUUUUCAUUGGUGUUAUGGAACCUCAAUUAAUGCAAACUUCUGAGAUGGGUAUUCUGACAUCCACUGCUCUGCUUCAUCGCAUCGUUCGGCAAGUGACCUCUGAUGUUUUACUUCAAGAAAUGGUGUUUUUUAUCCUUGGAGAACAGAGGGAACCAGAAACUGUGGCAGAAAUCAGCAGACAUCCAUUAAGGCAUAGGUUAAUUGAACAUUGUGAUCACAUAUCUGAUGAGAUAAGCAUAAUGACAUUGCGAAUGUUUGAGCAUCUCUUACAAAAACCCAAUGAGCACAUUCUUUACAACUUGGUCUUGAGAAAUCUUGAAGAAAGAAAUUAUACAGAAUGUAAACCUUUGUGCCCAGAAGAUAAAGAUGUGGUGGAAAAUGGACUGAUAGCAGGAGCAGUAGAUCUGGAAGAAGAUCCAUUAUUUACUGACAUUUCACCAGAAAACACUUUGCCAAACCAAGAGUGGCUUAGUUCUUCGCCUCCUGCUACUCCAGACCACCCCAAAAAUGAUGGAAAAACUGAAGUUCAUAAAAUUGUAAAUAGUUUUCUCUGUCUGGUACCGGAUGACGCAAAAUCCUCCUACCAUGUCGAGGGCACAGGAUAUGACACCUACCUCCGAGACGCUCAUAGGCAGUUCCGGGACUACUGUGCUAUCUGCUUAAGAUGGGAGUGGCCUGGGUCUCCAAAAGCAUUGGAAAAGUGCAAUUUAGAAGCAGCUUUCUUUGAAGGUCAUUUUUUGAAAGUGCUGUUUGACAGAAUGGGAAGAAUUCUUGAUCAGCCAUAUGAUGUAAACUUACAAGUAACCUCGGUGUUAUCUAGACUUUCUCUCUUCCCUCAUCCACACAUCCACGAGUACCUUUUGGAUCCUUAUGUGAACCUCGCUCCUGGCUGUAGAUCUCUCUUCUCUGUAAUUGUCAGGGUUGUUGGAGACCUUAUGCUUCGAAUCCAGCGUAUUCAAGACUUUACUCCCAAGCUUCUGUUAGUCAGAAAGCGAUUACUUGGUUUGGAACCUGAAGGCCCUCUUUCAGAGCUAGAGCCAGUACAAGCUCUCACAGUUACUGACAGUGUUACCAACGUCUGGAAUUCUUGGUCCAUCCGUGGAGAAACUCUUCAGAUGGUCAUUGUGUACCUACUCUCUCUUCAAAGGAAGUUGUGAUCAAGUUCAACUUUUUGUGCUAACAAUGCAUGCAGGACUAAGAGGGAUGAUCUAAAAAAUAAAUAAUGUAAUUU